AUGGCUGGAGAAAUUCCUGUGAAGAAGUUUAUUUUGUGUGGUGGUGAUGAUGAUGGCGAUGAUGACAAAUAUUACGAAGACAUGGGAAGUGAAUGUUGCCUUUCACUAGAUCAGCUGACUUUAGAACCCAGAAGAAAGAAGCUUCUUGUUUUUGAUCUGAAUGGGUUACUAGUCUACAGGGUUUAUUGUUCCAACAAGCCAGAAUUUCCAAGUGAUCGUACACCGGAUGGGAGAUUUGGAAACCAUCUAGUUUUCAAAAGACCUUUUGCUGAGGAGUUUGUGCAAUUUUGCCUUGAAAGAUUUGAGAUCGGAAUAUGGUCUUCUGCCGUAGAGAAAAACGUUGAUGCUGUCUUAGAUUGUAUGAUGGCAAAUCAGAGAAAUAGACUAUUAUUUGUGUGGGGUCAAUCUCAAUGUACAGAUUCUGGGUUCAAGUCCUUGGAGAAAAGAAUGAAGCCUCUAUUUUUCAAAGAACUGAAGAAAGUGUGGUAUCAUUUCGGCAGAAAGUAUUCUGAAUGUGAUACUUUGUUGAUUGAUGAUCAACCAUACAAGGCCCUACUCAAUCCUGCUCACACAGGGAUUUUUUUGGAAUCCUACAAUCCUGACAAUGCUAGUGAUAAUUUAUUGGAUCCAAAUGGACAGCUAGGGGUGUAUUUGGAUGGCCUUGCGGCUGCGACUAAUGCUCAGGUUUAUGUGAAGGAGAACCCUAUUGGAGUGCCUGCAAUUUCAUCAGAUCAUCCUGAUUGGAAUUUCUACUCUGAAGUCCUUCGAGGGAUUAAGGGAGAAAGUGAGGAAAAGAUUACGCCUCAGCAACAAGAGUCUUGA